CGGCCUUUCUGCUUUCGCUUUCACAGUUUCACGGCUUACCAUUUUCCUCCCCUCCCUCUCUCCGUCCCGCCAUCACCCCCGCUCUCUCUCUCCGUGUCUCGGUUGCCUUUGCAGAAAGAAAGGAGCCCCCGAACCCAGCAACAACACCCAGCACAAAGGCGAAAGGGGAAAAAAAGGAGGGAAAAAACAAGGGGAACGCCCGGGGGGGGGGGGUCGGGGUGCGGAGAGGAGGCUACACUACAGCGGGAGAGUGAGAGAGAGACCAGGGCCAGCCAAGCAGAAGGCCAGGCCAGGCCCGGCGCUCGGAAAGUGCGGAGCCGUUUCCCCUCUAUCUCCACUCUCUCCAGGGCCAGGUGCUCACUGCGCGCUCUUCGCACGCGCCACCCCCGUACGUGACCACCACACCGCGCGCGCGCGCGCGGGCCGAGGAGACCCAGGACCGUACGUGCGCGGGCGCGACCAUGUCGUCCGCCGCGGGGGGUGGGUACGGCGGCGGCGGACAGGGGGGAGGCCCGGAGCAUCACCACCAUGGGCACGCUGGCCAUCUCCUGCUUCACCACCAUCCGCAGCACGUGGCCGGCGCGGCGGUGGCGGCAGCGGCAGCGGCUGCGGUGGGUGGGCAGAUGUACCACGUGCCGCAGCACAGCCGGCGCGAGAAGCUCCGGUUCCCGCAGGACGCCGGGGACUCGCCCCCGCCUCAUGGCCAUGCCCCGCAGCAGCAGCAGCACGGGUCGUGGCCUCCGGCCCCCGCGUUCUACUCGUACGCCUCCUCAUCGUCGUCGUACUCCCCGCACAGCCCUACGCUAGCGCAGGCGCAGCUGGUGGCUCACGGGCUGGCGCCACCGCUCCCGCAGAUCCCGACGCAGAACUUCUCGCUGUCGCUCUCCUCCGCGUCGUCGAAUCCUCCUCCUCCGCAGCCCAGGAGGCAACUCGGCGGCCUCGCGCAGGCCACGGGGCCGUUCGGUCCCUUUACUGGGUAUGCCGCCGUGCUCGGCCGGUCCCGCUUCCUCGGCCCGGCAGAGAAGCUGUUCGAAGAGAUCUGCGACGUCGGCGGCGCUUCUGCGCACGUCGACCGCACCAUAUCCGACGAGGGCCUGCUCGACGCGGAUCCAAUGGAUGGCGUUGAUCAUGACGCCAUCGAUCACGAUCUCGGCGGCGUCGACCGCGCCGCUGCGGACGCUGGCCCCAUCUCAGGAGCCGAGCAGCAGUGGAAGAAGACGAAGCUCAUAUCCAUGAUGGAAGAGGUUUGCAAGAGGUACCGGCAGUACUACCAGCAGGUGCAAGCUGUGAUGGCCUCGUUUGAGACCGUCGCGGGGUUCAGCAAUGCCGCCCCGUUCGCGGCAUUGGCUCUGAGGGCGAUGGCCAAGCACUUCAAGUGCUUGAAGUGCAUGAUACUGAACCAGCUCCGUAACACGAGCAACAAGGUCGCUGUCAAGGACGGGCUAACUAAGGACAUCGCCGUGUUUGGGCUUGCCGGCGGCAGCGGCGGCGGCGGUCUCCAGCGAGGGAACAGUGCGAGCGCGUUUGGUCAGCCGCACAACAUUUGGCGUCCUCAAAGGGGACUCCCCGAGCGCGCCGUUUCUGUUCUACGCGCUUGGCUGUUCGAACACUUCCUGCAUCCGUAUCCUACGGAUGGUGAUAAGCAAAUGUUGGCUAAACAAACAGGUUUGACGCGCAACCAGGUAUCAAAUUGGUUUAUCAAUGCAAGGGUUAGAUUGUGGAAGCCAAUGGUGGAAGAAAUUCACAACCUGGAGAUGAGGCAGAUGCACAAACACUCGGUGGUUGACAAGGGCCAGCACAGUGUGCAUCAUCAGGCCCCCCAGCAUUCGUCGCAGUGCAGCGGGAAGCCCUCCGAUCCGUCGGAUUCGCAUCCUGGACAGAGCAGCAGCAUAACUCGGAACCACAACACCGCUGGCUCCCAGGGCUUCCCGGAUGAGCUCUCCCAGAUGUCCCAGUCCAUCCAGGGACAGGUGAGCUUCGCAUACAACGGGCUGUCCUCGCAGCACAACAUCGCAUCACCCCAUCAGCACCAGCAGGUCGGCGGCGGCGUAGGCAUCGGAGGCGGCAACGGCGGCGUCUCCCUCACGCUCGGUCUUCACCAGAACAAUAGGGUUUGCAUCGCCGAGCCUCUGCCGGCUGCUCUCCCGGCCAACCUCGCACACCGUUUCGGGCUGGAGGAGGUCAGUGACGCCUAUGUGAUGAGCUCGUUUGGAGGCCAGGAUCGGCAUUUCGGGAAGGAGAUUGGUGGCCACUUGCUGCAUGAUUUUGUUGGGUGAUCGUAGCUGCUGCCUAGCUCAGGUUGCUGCUGGUGACGCACAUGUAAUGUACUGCUAGUAUGUUAGGAUGGUAUAUAAGUCAAUCACUUGACGACUUGGCUUGAUCAGUCCGAAUGGAUUUGUUUGGAGGGUGAAAAAAAAACAUUGAUCUUCCCGUCAUGUAGAUCCAGGUAUGCUGUCAAAUAUUUGACACCUUGUGGGCUAUAGAGAGAUUGACAAUACCUUCCCAAGGCAGUAAAGUUGUGUACCAUUUGUUAUAAGCUUAGGUUAAUCUUUGUACUGUGAUGACGAAAUGGGCCUACCUGGCAGAGAAAAGGCACCUGAUUUUAUGGCCAAAAA